GUUAUUUAGUUGUCUUACAUGUAUCGAAGAUUAACAAUUACGAACUUUAUAGUAAAUUGUUUAGUAGCAGAAGAACCUUCGGCUGUGCUAUUUAAUAUUAAUGCCGAAUAAUUUAAAUUGCGUUAGCUGGAGUAACUUGUUGCGAUAUAAAUGAUCAUUAUUAAAUAAUUUAUUCAGAGGUCAUUUAUCGUUGAUCUUAGAAAUCUAAUACGGCAUCGCUAAUGUAAAAAGUGUUCAAGUGCGAGCUAUUAAUUUGCGUUCUGGUAUUCUGCAGCAAAAUUGAUUACCUGAAUCUACCAUCGGAGAGUGUAAGGAAGCUACUAUCAUGGCUGAUUGUCUCCAAAUACUCAGCGCCAUUGCGUUGGUAUCCAUUGCUGUCUAUUAUUACUUAACAUCAUCCUUCGAUUUUUGGAAAAGUAGAGGUGUACCUGGACCUGAGCCAAUACCUGUAUUUGGCAAUAUAAAAGAUGUUUUCUUCAGAAAAAAACAUCUUGGCAUCUAUAUAAAGCAGCUAUAUGAAAAAUACAAAAAUGAGCCUCUUAUUGGAAUCUUUCUAAGAGGAAGUCCUAAUGUUGUCGUAUGUGACAUGGAUCUCAUUAAAGAUGUUCUCAUCAAAGAUUUUUCUGUUUUCGAUGAUCGUGGAGUCGUUAUUAAUGAGAAGGUGGAACCAUUAUCGCAAAACAUCUUCAGUUUAGAAGCAAAGAGAUGGCGGCCACUACGAACAAGGCUCUCGCCAGUUUUUACAUCUGGAAAACUCAAGGAAAUGUUUCACUUGAUAAUGGAAUGCUCCGAGCAAUUAGAGAAAUAUUUAGAGAAACUAGAAGAAAAAGGGCAGCCAAUAGAGUGCCGCGAAGUAGCAGCAAAAUUCACGACUGACGUCAUCGGUAGUUGUGCUUUUGGGAUCAACAUGAACUCAAUAUCCGAUGAAGAAAGUGAAUUUCGACGAAUGGGAAAGACGGUUUUCUCAACAUCGCUAUUAAAUAUCUUAAAGGUGACAUUCCGAGAAAGUCUGCCGAAAUUAUACUUCUUUAUUAUGUCUCUACAACCGUAUCCGAAAUUUACUUCAUUUUUCAUUCGAGUUAUAUCGGACACUAUCAAGUACAGAGAAGAAAAUAACGUGAUUAGGCCAGAUUUCGUGAACAUGCUGAUAGAGUUAAAGAACCACCCAGAGAAGUUACAAGAUAUUGAAAUAACGGACAACUUGUUGACUGCGCAAGCGAUGGUCUUCUUUGCAGCUGGCUUCGAAACAUCGUCGACUACUAUCUGUCACGCUCUUUAUGAAAUGGCGCUGAAUCCGCAGAUACAAGAUAAAUUGCGUGUGGAAAUUAAAGAGUUUAGUACAAAGAACAAUAGCUCCUUCAAGUAUGAUGAUGUAAAAGAAAUGAAAUAUUUAGACAAAAUUUUCAAAGAAACACUGAGGAAGUAUCCACCAGGAACUUUGUUGAGGAGAAAAUGUAAUAAGGAGUACACCUUUAGUAAUACAAAAGUAACCAUUCCAAAAGAUACUGGAAUAUUUGUUCCGGUAUACGCGCUUCAUCAUGACUGCAACAUUUAUCCAAAUCCAGAAGUUUUUGAUCCAGAAAGAUUUAACGAUGACGCAGUUGCAGCGAGACACCCAAUGAGCUUCUUACCUUUUGGAGAUGGACCACGAAAUUGCAUUGGUGCACGGUUUGCAGUUUACCAAACAAAAGUGGGUUUGAUAAAAACGCUAGAAAAUUUUAAAGUCGUCGUUUGUGAGAAAACAAUGAUUCCGUAUGAAAGUGAUCCACGUUCCUUAGUACACGGUCCAAAAGGGGGAAUAUACUUAAAAUUAAGCAAGGUAACAAAUUUAGCUGAGACUUAAAAGAGAUUAAAACAAAGUUCAAAAUGUUAAGGAUAUCGAAGCAUCUACAAGAAAUAGAUAUCAAAGGAUUACUAGAA